AUGUCUAAAGCUACCAUUGAGCUCGACUUCCUCGGACUCGAGAAGAAGCAGACCAACAACGCUCCCAAGCCCAAGUUCAAGAAAUUUCUCGACCGCCGUCGCAGUUUCCGAGAAAUUCAAGGUGCGAUUUCGAAGAUCGAUCCGGAGAUUAUCAAAUCGCUAUUAGCUUCUGGAGCUAACUCAUCGGCUAGAUCUCUCUCCGUUCCGACGACUCCGAGGGAAGAUCAGCCUCAGAUCCCGAUUUCUCCGGUCCACGCGCCUCUCACCAGGCCCAGUACGGAGCUCGUUUGUGGAACCGUGCCGAUGACGAUCUUCUACAAUGGAAGCGUCUCUGUCUUCCAAGUGUCACCUAACAAGGCUGCGAGUAUUUUGAAGGUCGCCACGGAAACAUCACCCAAGGAGAAAGAUCUCUCGGUAAUUCCUCCGACCACCCUAAGACCAAAGCUCUUUGGCCAGAAUCUAGAAGGAGAUCUUCCAAUCGCAAGGAGAAAGUCGCUACAAAGGUUUCUUGAGAAGCGCAAGGAGAGAAUAGUAUCAACAUCUCCUUACUCUCCGACAUCGGCCUAA